AUGAUAAUCAUUAUGAUGUUGACUCACGGAAUUGAUAAAUCUCAUCAGGAAACAUUCGACCUCUCUCUUUCCAAUAGAAUUUUCUUCUUUUACGGAACUCCAGAUCGUUUCAUCAACACCAAAGGUACCUACACGACUAAUUCAAAUUGUACCUGUCAACCUUCAUCACUCAGUCUUUCGAGUGAUGCUGCCACUACUCAAUAUUGUUAUUUCGAUACUCCCAAUUCGGUGACAAUAUUGACGACUCAACCUGGAUUUUGUAAUUUAUCAAUUUCGAAUAAUGUGGAUGAUUACUUUUUAUACAUUUCCGAUUUUUACUUGACACCAAAUGGAAAAGUUAUUCCACCACCAAAUGGAAAUGGUUUUCAUGACUAUGGAUUGAAUUUUACAAGUGGAAAUGUUCCUGUUUCGUAUUCUUUGUUUUACAUGUUGUUUGAGAGAUGUAAUAGUAAAUUAUUAAGGUCUUCUCUGAAUCCAUCGAUCAGUGCAGCAUUGACAAAGAGUGGAGUUUCAAAUUUACUUUAUAGUGCCACAUUGAGUGUUGCUGAUGUUCAAUCCUUGUUGGAUGUGGCGACAUUUGACAUUUAUCAACGAUAUAAGAGAUUGGAUUUUGAUGUUGUGAUGGACACUUUGAUUUAUCCAGUGAGUGAUGGAGUUCUCUAUUAUUCACCUUUGAAUGCUUCCAAGAUUGUUCUCUCACCAAGUAUUAUUCGAUUUGGAGAGUUGACAACAAUUGAGCUUGGAACAACUUUACACCCACUAUUCACACCAAGUAAUUCUCUCACUAUUACGAUAUGUGGCUCAAAUUUCACAUCCAUGAGUGGAUCUGUCAUAAUGGUGACUGAAAGUUUAGUGAGAGCUCAAAUUAUUUGCACAGAUCCAAAUUAUAGAAAUGGAAUGACCACUCUCAGUUAUUCACAAAGUGGAAAUGUUCCAGAUGGAGUGAAUUUGAAUAUUGCAAUUUUCGAAUUUGAUUCAACUGUGAAUAUUGCUUAUACGGGUUCAAGAAGUUCUUGUUCUCUCUUUGGACAAAAUAAUUUAAGAAUUUCAUUUCCUUCGAGUUCUUACUUUUCACAGUCCAUUGCACCUCUUGUGAGAUUUAGUAUGGUAGAACAGAGUGAUCCAUCCAGUACGUCUUUCUAUGAUUGUACUUGGUUUCAAAGUCAAGUGUUGGAAUGUCCAUGUCCUGCUCUGUGGGAAUUGAUGGUCACACCACCACAAGAAUUUAACUUUUUUUUAAGGCCAAGCAAUUAUGCAAAAAGUGUGCAAGACCAAAUUUCCAUUCGAUCCAACAAAAUUAUUGGAAAUCCUAAAUUACUUUUUGGAGAUUAUUUAAGACCAGAAAUUGUGGCACCUACUGCCGUGUAUUCUUUCAAUAUUACUCAACCAUCCGUUUACAAUUCAUCAAGUGGUAGCACAAUUACUGUGACAAAUAUUGAUGAAGUUUAUAUUAAUUCAGGAAUUGUGAAUUAUACUUUUUAUUUGGUCAAUUCGGUGGUAGAUUUGAAACCUGAAAAUCAAAUUUCAUGCACUCUUACAACAAUCAACUCAAAGAAUGGAUUGAAUUGUGAUUAUCGUGGUUUUUCCAAUCGACCAAACUCUCUUUCUAAUGUUUGUGGAUGUUCACCUUAUACAACAGACACUCGUUCUACUAGCAGUGGAAAUUCUGGAAAUUGUGAAUCGAAUUGUAAUUUGAAAAUCAUGUUUGCCAUUUCCAAGUCAUCCAUGACAUCACCAGCAACCUAUCUCACAAAGAAUGCACUUUCAGUUCUUCCUCCAUUGCAAAUUCAAUCCAUCAUUCCAGAUUCAGUUCUCUUGGAAAAUAUGAACAGUGUUAAUUUCACAAUUAUGACAAGCUUGGACAGCUUUGGAAUACCACCACUUUCUCAAACCAUUUAUUACAAAUUUGUGGAAGUGGAUGGAAACUCUGGCGCUGAAUUAUCGAGACUAUAUCAAGGAACAGCAUCCUUUGUGAAUUCGAAUCAACUCGCAUUGUCCACUGUGUUUGUAAAUAACAUUUCUUCAUCUGGAUUUUAUAUUUUAAAGAUUUCCAUGGAUGGUCCAUUCGGUACUUUUAGUACAGAUCAUGGAAUUCGAAGAUUGAGCGUCAUGGAUGCAAAUCUUGUGACAGUGACCAAAUUUGAAGAAUAUACAUUGGUCAAUUCGACUGCAGUUUCUGCAGGUUAUGCCGAUGAUACCAUCUCUCCUGCUGCCAAACCAUUCCGAAUUCUUGGUUCAAAUUUUCCAAAAUCAGAAACGAUCAAAAUUAAGCUCACCUUAAAGAGUACGCCAACCAAUUCAAAAACAAGAAAAAUCAUGGAAAAACUUUCAAGAAGCAAUUACAAGUCACACAUGAGAAGGGCCAUCACUUCCUAUCAAAAGAGAAUGAUUCAAUAUGCUCAACAAAAAAACAACAACAACAACAAUGGAACUAUUUCAUUCCUCGCCGAUUGCACCAGUUUCACAUCGACAGAAAUUCGAUGCAUGUCUCCCAAUAUUUUAUCGUCUGGCGUUGCACUUCCAUUAACAUUUGGAGUUACAAUUUCGUUUGAUGGAUUUUUCACAAGUGCUGUCUAUGUACCAAAGAAGAAUGGUCAAGAUUAUACAGUGACUGUUCGUGAAUCUGAAAUUCCAGUCAUUGUCCAAGCCAUUCCAACCAAGGGACCCAUUGAUCCAACCGAUGAUUCCAAAGGACCAGGUUUUCUAACAGUCACUUUAAAAGGUAUUACCACCGAUGUGACCAAAUGCAUUGUGGAAUACACCAAAGUGAUCGGAACCAAUGUUCAUGUCAAUUAUACAGUUCCAGUAGGAACACUUCUCACCAACGAAGAAUUCAAAUGUGUCAUCAAUACUGCUGCCUUAAAUGACACCAUUUCUCAGUACAAUAUGGGAGUUUAUCCAAGUCAACGUAUCACAUUUCCUGCCAAAGAUAGAUUCAAGAUUUUUCUUCAAACUUCAACCAAUUUAAAAAGUGAAGGAUUUCCAUUUGAAUUUUAUGAACAUCCAGUCAUUCAAAUGAUUUCUCCACUCGAAGUGGAUGCCAAAGGUGAAAAUUCAAUGAUUAUUUCUGCAGAUCCAAAUAAUGCUCCUUUCAAUUCUGAAUAUCGAAUUUACUUCAAGUUGGGAGAUUUCACUUCAGAGCAUGAUUGUCAAUUCAAUAGUGCAUUUGAAAUUAAUUGCACAACUCCAGCUCAUCCAGAUGGACCAGCCAGUGUUGCCAUCUCGUAUAAUAAUUAUCAAUAUGCAUACUCGACGAAUAGUGUCAAUGUGAAAGCUUGUGCUGCAGGAUUUUCUGCACCUGACUAUAUCAACACAUGUGAAGCAUGUCCAUUGGGAACUUACAAACCUUUGGAAGGAUUCUUUUCUUGCAUUCAGUGUGAAAUUGGAAGUUACAACAAUCAAACUGCUCAACCUAAAUGUGUGAAUUGUGGUGCUUUUAAAACCACAGUAUCUGUUGGAUCAUCUUCCAUCUUUGACUGUGAUUGUGAAAAGGGAUAUUAUCGACGAAAUGGUUCCUCUCCAGUGAGUGCUGAUUGUUGGCCAUGUCCAACAGGUGCCACUUGUCCUGGUGGAUCUACUUUACCCAUUCCACUUCCAGGUUAUUGGUGGGAUGCUGACAAUCCAGAAUCUCAAAAUGGAAAAAUUGUUCUUCUCAAAUGUGAUGAACCGAAUGCAGCGAUUCGUUGUCCAGGACAAAAUUUAACACUCGAAGGAAGAUGUGGCACUGGAUACACUGGAAUCAAAUGUGUUUCUUGUGUUCCUGGAUUGUAUUUCAAAAGUGGAGAUGUGUGUCAACAAUGUAAUGAGGAUAUUCAACUGCGUUUUUUGAUUGUCAUGGCAGUGAUUUUGAUAUUGGCCUUAUUGUUUUUCAAAUUUGCACAAUUGAAAGUUUCUCACUUGUCCAGUAUUAGUAUUGCUGUGAGCUAUUUCCAAAUUAUUGCUGUUUUCACAGUUUACAAUUUUGAAUGGCCUCAAAGUUUACAACAAGCGUUUGACACUCUCAAAUUCUUUAACUUGAAUUUGAAUAUUUUCGUUCCAGAAUGUGUGGCCAUCAUCAAUUAUGGUUUAAAGUGGGGAUUAACAUUGGCUCUUCCUGUAUUUUUCGGAGCUCUUUUAUUAAUUGCUUUUGGAUUGGAAUGUUUAAGAAGUGCUAUUCUCUCUAAACUUCCACUCGUUUCUAAAAUUCGAAAACAUCCAAAAAUUGUUUCUUGGUAUGACACGACUCACCGUCAUUUGAUCGUUCGAGUUCUCAAAUCGAUGAGAAGAGAUAUCAUUCGAUUAUUCCUCGUUCCUCGAUCGAAACGUGAAUUAAUGAAUUUUGGAGACAUGUUCAUUCACACCUUUAUUGUCAUUAUUAGUUUCAGUUAUGUAUUUGUAGUGACCAAAGCUGCUGAAAUUUUUGAUUGUCGUGAAACGACUGUGAAUGGCGUGAAAAAGUGGUUUGUGAGUGCUGAUCCAACUCUUUAUUGUUUUGAAGACACUUGGUGGGUCUAUUUCACAUUUGCCUUAUUGACCUUUAUUUUCUUUGGAUUGGGAACGAUUGUAUUAUUUGCUUACAUUUUAUGGAAGAAGAAUGACGAAAACAAGAGAUUCAAAUUCUAUGCAAGAUUUCGAUUUUUAUUUAUACGUUUUAGAAAUGGAAGAUUAUUUUGGGAAAUUAUUAUCAUUUUGAGAAAAUUGAGCAUUUCUGCUGCCAUCAUUUUCUUUUCAACAUGGCCCAUUCUGGUGAUUCUCUUUACCAUGUUCGUCAUUUUCAUGAGCUUUAUUUUACAAACACAUCAUGUCCCUUACCGAAGAGUCUUCCACAACGUGAUGGAAUAUCUCGUGUUGCUGUCCACUGAGUUUUUAUUAUUCUCAGGUUUAUUAUUUUAUGUGAAUAACUUCCCCAAUGAAGAGACAGCCUCAGCACUUGGUUAUUUGUGUAUCAUUACAGUGAUUGUGAGCUCAGUUGCCAUUCUCGUAUUGGUCGCUUUAGACUUUUUAUCUCAAUAUCUUUCCGAUCGAAGAAAGAAACAAAUGGAAGAAUUACGAAAGAAUCAGAAAGAAGCUCUUCAAGAGACCACACACGGUAGUAGCAACCACCACACACCUAUGGGUGCAUUCCUUGUGGAAUCCAAUCUUGAUAUUGAAUUGAAAGAUGAAAAUCAACAACCAUCCUUACAAAAACAAUCCUCACAUUCAUCAGCACAAGCUAGCAUGAUGGAGAAUGGUGCUGCUACAUCCAGUGUCAUCACUAUUCCUGUUCAAGAAACUCCUCAUCACGAGGAACCACAAGAAACUCGUUCUCGUUCUCGUGAGGUACCUUUGAAACAAAUUCGAAUCAAGAAUCAAUGUCUACACUUGUGGACUCUCUUCACUGAAUACUUGAAAAAGAUUGAAGGAGAGUCUCUCGAUGCCGACCUCGAAGAAUACGACGAGGAUCGUUUGUGGGAUAUGGAACUCUUGGAUCGAGGCCUUCCUCUUGUCAUUAAGAAACCACAACAAUAUCAUCAUUCAAACAAAGAAGAAGACUCAACAGCAGAUCUGUCCUCCUCUGCUGCAAUUGUUGUUGUGGGUGGUGUGGGAGGUAGUAAGAACACAACGACGAUUGCCGAUCAUGGCAGUUCCAUGAUUAAUGAAAUUAAGCUGGUGAGUGACGAUUGUGAGGAUGAGGAUGCCUUCUCUUCCAGAACACAUUCACAUCGACAACAACCACCACCAUCAAAGGGAGUGGAUCCAAAGACUCUCUCACGACUCGUGUUGGCUCGAUCCAGCUCUGAUGUCAGAUCUCAGAUGAGUCAUCACAGUAAUAAUAGUUGUAGUACCACUAAUAGUCAAACGAAUUUAUUGAGGCAUGAUACUAGUUCAAUAGGAAAUAACAACAAUAAUUCGAGCAUGACUGAGUAA